CUCCGGUGCCAGUGCCGGUAGCCGUGCGGUGCUGGGUCCGGUGUCCCGAGGAUGUCGUCGGGCCCGGAGCGGCCGCAGGUGGUGGCGCACGUGCAGGAGCCGCUCCCCUGCACCCUGUUCGACUGCAAGUGGGUGCCCCGGAGCGCGCGCCUCCUGUGCCUGGGCAGCGCCGCGCGCGGCACCGGCCUCAUCCGGCUGUACGAGCUGCGGGGCGCGCGCGUGGAGCUGCUGAGGGAGAUUGAAAAGGCUAAACCUAUAAAAUGUGGAACUUUUGGUGCUACAUCUCUGCAGCAGCGAUACUUAGCUACAGGAGAUUUUGGUGGAAACCUUAAUAUAUGGAAUUUAGAAGCUCCUGAAAUACCAGUGUAUUCUGUGAAAGGUCAUAAGGAAAUCAUAAACAGUAUAGAUGGUGUAGGUGGCUUAGGAAUUGGGGAAGGUGCACCAGAAAUUGUCACUGGCAGUCGAGAUGGAACUGUGAAGGUGUGGGACCCGAGACAGAAAGAUACGCCUGUCGCUAAUAUGGAACCUGUGCAGGGGGAGAGCAAAAGAGACUGCUGGACCGUAGCAUUUGGCAAUGCUUACAAUCAAGAGGAGCGUGUUGUAUGUGCUGGAUAUGACAAUGGGGACAUUAAAUUGUUUGACUUAAAAACCAUGUCACUAAGAUGGGAGACCAACAUUAAGAAUGGGGUUUGCAGUUUGGAGUUUGACAGAAAAGAUGUAAAUAUGAACAAGCUGGUGGCCACGUCGCUUGAGGGCAAAUUUCAUGUUUUCGAUAUGAGAACUCAGCAUCCAACCAAAGGUUUUGCUUCUGUUUCAGAGAAGGUGCAAAAAUCUACCAUCUGGCAGGUUCGACACCUACCACAGAACAGAGAUAUAUUUAUGACAAGUGGAGGAGCUGGGAGCCUUCAUCUCUGGAAAUACGAGUACCCAGCUCAGCGCUCGAAGAAGGAUUCUGAAGGAGCCGAGAUGGGGGUGGCAGGUUCCGUCAGUCUCUUGCAGAAUGUGACUCUGUCAACGCAGCCGAUUUCCAGCCUAGACUGGAGCCCUGACAAAAAGGGACUGUGUGUUUGUGGUGCCUUUGACCAGACUCUGAGGGUGCUGAUAGUGACAAAGCUUAACAAAGUUUGACAGGAAAACUUGAAUUUCUGAUGAGAAAGCAGAAUAAUCUGCAGCCUGUAAAUAUGGGAGGGAGAGCCCUCCUCUUCCUAAUUUAAUUUCUCCCUUACUAAAAACUGGAUUAAAGAAAUAGAUACUAGAUCUUUCUAUUGAAAGUUGAGAUACAUGCAGUGAGAGCUGUCUGACUGAUUGUGCCCCAAUGACUUGAAGUUGCCUGGGCACAAAGCUUUUACCUUCUAGAAAUGUGAAUUUACCUUUAAAAUAAAAGGUGCCUUUGUGUUAGCUCAACCUGUAAUUUCAGAAAUCACUUUAAAUUGUUUGUGUUCGGUUUAAUCAUAGUGUAAAUCUGUUCAGACUUGUUGAAUAGUUUGGCUUUUUUAUAUAUAGUAUUGUCCAUAUGCAUUCAUGCUAUGGACACUGUUAUAUACUUCCUCACAGAAAGUCUUUAUGUGACUGGCUAUAUUAACUAGAGCAUUUGUUAGAUGACAUAGUACUGUAUGAAAGAAUCCUAUAAUGAAUGCUGAAAUAUUCAGGUUCAAUAGAGUAAGCUUUUUAUUGAAGAUCAUAUUGAAAUUAAACUGUUGAGCAAAAUGCACCUUUUUAUUAUUUUAGUUUGGUUUUAUAACAAGUUUUUAUGUUCUGUUGUUUUUGUAUCUGUUCACAACUUGGUAUUCUGCAAAUAAAAUUACAUGAGGUGUUGUCUUAA